GUAAUAGUAAGCGCGGGCGCGGCAUUUUUCUCCGGUCGUCUCAUGAGCCUCGAGCAGUGUGGUAGUGUAGUGUACGUUAGUGUGGCCUUCGAUUAACUAGAUGGCGCUGCACGAGACGCCAAUGUCAGUGCAGGCCGUCUUGCGCGAGCCUGCCGGCCCGGAGAUGGCGCCGCGUGCCGAGCCAGAAGAAGACGACUUCCUAGAAGCCGAAGAUUUUGAAGACGCCAGCGAAGAACUAAUAGAUACUUCGGCUGCUGUGGAUUUACAUUCCGCUCUGGAGGACUGUGAAAAGGCUAUGACGCUAUUUUUCAACAAUCAAAUAGAUGACGCUAUCGCCAUAAUGACUCCGUGGAAACACGUUUCUCUGUACCAUGCUCACGGGGCGGCUAUAUUUGAGUUCAUCCCAGCUAUGCUGACUCUAGAGCCAGCUCAGAUCCAAUGCGCACACACAGCUUUACGUCACACUUUCACCCUCUGUGCUCGUAUGCGCAGGAAUUAUACCUUCGUGCAGUCCAUCGGCGCCAUCAUUAAGAAGCCAAACUACGGUGGGUAUUCCGAAGACGAGGCGCACGCUGAACUCGUACAUUCUGAAGCUCUACUACUUCUAGCUUGUCUUGGUGCUCUUGAAGGAGAAGAAAAUAUGACCGGUUUGGUUCGUGCUUCACUGCGUAUUAAGACCUCGUUUAAUGGUUACAAAAACUGUGCUAAGAUUUUGGAAAAGAAGAGAUGGGAGAGUGAAUCCUCUCGCACGCACUUCGAGAGUGGAGUUCGCCUCGGCCUCGCCACCUUCAACGUGAUGAUAUCGUUGUUACCGCCGAAGGUGAUAACCCUGCUGGAAUUCGUCGGAUUCACUGCUGAUAAGGAGAAAGGAAAGUCCGAAUUAAUCAACGGCUCUCGCUCGCCCGGACUCCGGUCUGUGCUCUGUGACUUGACGCUGCUCGUAUACUUCCUGAUCAUUGGUCACUUCGCCGCUAUUCCUCCUGAUUUUAUUUUGGCUGAAAGAUUGAUAAGUAAUGGUCUAAAACGAUAUCCAAACAGCGUGUGGUUCAUAAUGUUUAAAGCACGUAUGCAAAUGUUGAGUGGUAUGAUCGAAGAAGCUAUAGAAAGCUACGAAACAGCAUCAAGGACAGCUGACUUGUGGCCACAACUGAAACAUCUCACAUACUGGGAAAUGAUCUGGGCUUUCGCGAUGAUGAUGAGAUGGUCUGACGCCGCGAUAUAUGCAUCGAAACUCGCUAACGACAGCAAAUGGUCGAAAACUAUUUAUAUGUACACGGAGGCCGCAAUGAAUCUUGAACGAGGAUAUAUAGUUAGUAUUGAAGAACGCAAGCACAAUGCCGAUCUACUCCUGUACGUAUUAUCAAUAUGUAAAAAAAGGAAAAAAAGUUCUAAAUAUACUCUGCAAUAUUUUAUUUUAUAUACCUACGACUUAUCCAUGGCUUUAUCAGCGAAGGGUGAAACAGGUCCUUACUGUAUGAGAUUAAAAUAUUUGGAGAAAAUAGCACAGAUACCUAUACAAAGUCUCAAAGCGACACGUAUGUUAUGUCUAUUUUUGUUUGCGCUUUUUAUUUUUCGUUGGUUCGCUUACGUAGCAUGGUGUUAUCACAGGAAUGCGUCAUGUUAUAGACAGCGGCUAUUGGGGCGGUCUUUGCCAAUGGAAAAAUUCGUUAUCCGUCGCUGCGAACGUUGGGCUCGACGAGGCUACCUGGUUCUACCUGGCGUAGAGAUGGUAUGUCUGUGGAAUAUGUUUCCACCUCUCGCCAACGAGCCCCACUACGCCGACCGUAUGCUAAAGCUUAUAGAACAAACGGAUGACGAGAUCCACAGCGUCAUGAACUCAAAGUACGGCAUAGAUUCGGAGCGACGGUACACGCCUGCAUUCGACUUGGACGAUGUAGCACUGGUUCGAUUCCUGCGCGGCAGCUUGUUGUUAGCCAUGUCUCUGCCACGGCUUGCCAUACGACAUUUGGAAUCUGUGCUCUCUAUGAAAGACGAUAUAAAAGAAAAUACGUUUUUGUUACCAUAUGCGACGGUAGAGAUGGCCAUGGCAUAUUACGCUCUAGGAGAUCCAGAUCGAGCCGUAGAACUAUUACAAGAGGCUAGAAAAAAGUAUUCCGGCUACUUACUGGAAUCUCGCCUACACUUCCGAAUACACUCGAAGCUGGAAUUAAUACACGCGGGAGAGCAGAACACAGUAGUGCAAGGGACAACAGCGAGCGCGGUGGCGGUGUCAAGCGUGAACACGCUCGCUGCGAGCGCGAGCACGAGCACGGCCCCGGGUCAGCGUGUCACGUGAGGCCGGCUGCGGGGCAGGCGGGGCAUGACCCGCGCUGCCCUGCGAGCCGCGCGCUUCUUCAUCUGCCCCGCCUUCUACCCGGGUCACGGACAGGCCCGGUAUGACGUAGACCAAUAAUUUAUUUUUUUUAAUUAUAAUUCUAUCAUAUUCAAUAUUGUGCUUAACUGUGUGGACCUUAAAGGUAAAGUUAAGUAGCGUUCGAGGUAGCUAUCUAUAAACACUGUAUUCAUUCUACAGCUUCAUUUUAGUGAGAUAAAAUAGCUUGUAACAAAAAAAAAAUACAAUAUGCAGUUAGCAUAAAUAGACCGAAGUUUUAAAUAAAGAUGACAUAAAAUUUAAGAUGAUUGGUUUACUUCUAAAAUUUUAACACAUCAUAUAGGAAGUGGGAAUUUUCAAAAAUAGUUUUGGCAACCAAAUGACACAGACAAUUCACUACUUGCCGUAUUUGAACGUAAACUUAAAAUAAGAACAAACUUAAAAUAAUAUUUGACUUAGUUACAAAACAGAUAAAUCACCAUCCAUUUACUUCAAAUAAAUUUAAAUUUGUUUAUAACUAUUUUUGAAAAUACCCUUCUGAAUUAUUCUCUGUUAUUGGUAGGUAUACGUACUCAAAAAUGAUAUUGUCUUGCUUAAAUAAUUUAUAUUGUUAUGUACAGAUGAAUCGUUUUAAUUAUUUUCGACAAAUUAAUUUAAGUGUGGUCGUUUAUAUUUAAUAAACAUUUGUGAUAAAUUAAGUUAUAACCUUUUUAAAUGUAAAUUAAGUAUGAACAAAUAGCUUAUAUUCAUGUGUAUUGGCAUCAAGUACACAUAAUUUAGUCUUUUAAGCAUCUAAACGUUAAUGUUUUAAUAUUUUUAUUAAUUAUGCUUGUGAUAUACCUAUGACAACUAGUAUGUGGUACAAAAGAUGUAUUUAAUUUUUUCGUUGGUUUUUAAAGAUAAAAGUAAAUGUACAUUGUAAUGUUAUUAUUUUUUGUAAAUAAAAUUUUCUGACUGACUUAUAUAAUGGA